CCAAAGCAUCCACAGAGCCCGGGCAGCAUCUCCUCCAUCCUGCACCCCCUCACUCUCUCUCUUUGCACCCCUUCACCUCUGGCCAUUUGCAUGCAUUACAUUCCUCCAAAAAUGGUUUGUGAGACAGGAAUCCUGGCAGAUGAUCACAGUGCCAUAGCAGGACCCCAGAAAGAUCCUCUGAUCGUCUCCUCAUCUCAGAUGUGGCCCCCACUGUCCAGUGCAGCCAGCACCUCUCCACUGGUGCCCCCUACUUCCACCACCACCACCACCACCAGCUCUGGGGGGGCUGCUGAAGAGGGCAGGAAGGAGCAGCAGCUUUAUAUUCGGGAAUUUCAACCCUCAGAUCAGGGGACUGCAAGGAGAAUAUUUUAUGAAGGCAUCAAAGAAAGGAUUCCCAGCUCAGCAUUUAGAGGGUUAAAAUACCAGCCACUGCUCCAGUGCAUCUAUGCCCUGCUCACAUUAAUAUGCUUUGUUGUGACCAACUCCUUGGUGCUGGCGUGCUGUAUGCCCAUCAUUCUAUUGGGCAUGAGAUACUACUACAGUAGAAAAAUUAUCCUCCACCAUCUCGAGUGUGCUCUACGCACGGACAUGUCUGAUAUUGAACAAUAUUACAUGAAACAGCCAGGAUCCUGCUUCUGGGUGGCCGUCCUAGAAGGAAAAGUGGUUGGAAUAGUGGCAGCUAGAGGCAACGAAGAAGACAAUGUCGUUGAGUUACGUCGGAUGUCGGUAGAUUCCAACUACCGUGGGAAGGGUAUUGCCAAAGCCUUGGGCCGUAGGGUCUUGGAGUUUGCCAUGUUAAACCACUACUCUUCCAUUGUGCUCGGAACCACAGCUGUGAAAAUAGCAGCUCACAAGCUGUACGAGUCCUUAGGGUUCAAGCAUGUGGGUGUUGUGGAGCAUCACACAGUUCCGGGGAUGACACAUUCGUUACUGGAAAGAAUGUUCUUUCAGCUUCGCUACCACCGCUACUGUCUACAGCUACGUGAAGAAUAAAGGAACUCUGCCUGGCCCCCUCUCCCCUUCCUGCAUUCAUUUUCUAUUAAGCCAGUCCUGCAUUGACCGCAAUUUUUUUUUUAUUUGCUUCAUAUCACCGAUUCUUGUUCUCGAAUGUACAACAGGCUCUCCCCCUUGCAUGCCGUGAGACGGAAGCUGAGCCAUUGUCUUCCUCACUUACGCAGCAAGGUCAGGUCGCCUAUCGGUUAGGUAGGGAACUUACUUAAGGGGGUUGUGUCUGUAUAAGCACAGGAACUGGAGCGGAGGCCUGGUGGAAAUAUUGUACUAUUUUUUACAAUUUGUCAAAUUCGUGAUUUACCUUUCAGGUAUAGGGAUGCGAAAUCAACUUGAAUGCAAUGCAUUACACCAGUAGAGGGCGCUAUCGAUGGAUCUAUCAGUUAACCUAUUUUCUGGACAAUGUGAAUACUGAUGCUUGGUACAUACAAUGCAUGAAAAGGAAGCGUCUGCACGCACACGCACACACACAGCACUGCCAACGAGGCACCGAGGUUGCACCUUCUUAGGAUGUGCCCAAUAAUUCUGCCAAACCGGAAUGGAUUUAAGCGCAUCCAGAUUUUGUGACCUUUCGUAGAUGUCAUACACCUUAAAGCCAGCAGACAGCCGGUUCCAUCCAAACUGAGCCCAUUUGUAUAGCAUUCUGUAUAUAAUUAACUCUUCUAUAUCUCUAGUUUAGUUACGAUAGGACUUGGGGGUCAAGCGUCUAUAUGGGAAUUGAAGGGUCCCCAUGGUCCCCUCGUUCUCUGGCUCAUGGAAGACGUCGUUGAAGCACAAGUGAAGCUAUUAUUACCUUGGCGACGUAUUUGCACAUUCUUUGCAUACCCUUGAGACGUCUGAGGAUUAAUUCCUCGAAGGAAGGAAUGUAUAGACACCAAUCAACUCCUUCUCCAUAUCCUGUAUAUAGACCCUCUCUUGUAAAUGUCCACCCUGUAAGAAUUCUGACUUGUCCGAUGCAAAUAGCAAUGCAAAGCAGAUUUGGCAUGCGUCUGUACUUGGUACGUCUGUACAGUGCCCGCCAAAAACGUAGAGUCCAAGUCAGCAGCUUCUUCGGUCUUGAAGUGUAUUUAUAAAAUGAAUGGGAAAUGUAGAUUUGCAUGUAGUAUGUAUAGGGGGAGUCAAGGGGGUAGAUUCUAAAAGAAAAAUAGCAAAAAAAAACAAA